AUGGUUCUGUGCGAGGACGGCGACUGCAGCGUCUGCUUGUCCCCCUACUCCCGGAUGGACCGGAUCCCUCGGGUGCUUCACUGCAGACACACAUUCUGUGAGCUGUGUCUGGAGACAAUGUCUCGGUCCAGGAGCGGGCUGCUGACCGUGCCUUGCCCUCUGUGUCGACGAGUGACCUGCAUUGGACGUGGUCUCAGUCUGCAGGAGGCUCUGUGGGUCAACAGCCGGUUGUGGGAGCAGAUACCGGAAGAAGAGGAGGAGGAGGAGACAGGGGAGGAUGAAGAUGGAGUUAAAGAAGUAGCUGAGGAGGAGAGGACUGAGCCUAAAGCGCAACCUUCAAUCCAAGCAGAGUGGUAAGUUUAACAGUGCAAACAAACACAAACACAAACAUUUACACAGAUAGAAAAUGUGGAACAGUUUCUUCUUUCUUGUUGUAAUUGGAAGGACUUUUUCAGUGAAGCUUGUAGUUGCUUCCCUUUUUAUUUCGUAUUAUUAGUUUUACUGUUGGGAUUUUGUGCUACCAUUUCUUCCCUCUAUAUUCCAUCUGCUGACACUGAGUUCUUACCAAACACAAGGAUGAUAAAAAAGUGGGUCACCUUUUUUAAACAGUUGUAUUGUAGUAACUGUGUUCAGAAAAGCUUUACAAACAAAUGUGUUGGCUGCAAGCCUCUAUUUAUAUCCUGUGUUGCUGAAGAGUUUUUCAUAAAUACAGAUUUUUCACCACAGCGUUCUUUACUUUGUGAUUUAAAUGGUUUGAACUUUCCUAGAUUAAAAUAAGAGAAAAACACAAUUUUAAAGAGUGAUUUAAAAACACUGAUAAGAGACAGUUUCUAACAGAAACUGCUGACACUUAAAGUGUUUUUUAAAUUUUUUUUAUUGGUUUUCUUAUUAUUGCAUAACGGACAAAAAUAGGACAAAAUAUCAAGAUAAUGUCAGUAUGGCCCAGCAGUUGAGCUGCACACCCCACGUACAGAGGCUGUAGUCCUCAAUACAGGGGUGGCUGUUUGAGCUGCAGACCACAAUCCCUUUGCAGGUUGUCGUCUCCCUGUCCCCUCAUUUACCAUCUUUCUUCAGCUGAUCUGGCCAAUGAUGGCAAAAAUCCUCCCAAAAUUACAUGAACAUUUAUCCAGAUGUCAAUAUUUAAACUUAAAAACAACACAGUGCUUCAAAAAGAUUUCCCUUCUAACUACUCACAGCAUCAAUACCUAGUAUCAGGGGCGUUAUAUCCCUCUCUUUCCCAGUUUAUCAGAUAAUGUGAUGCAUCAGAGUAUGAUUGUCUAGCAAUUAACCAAUUACCACAUCAUCCCUGUAUCAGGUUAACUACCCAUGUCCUGGCUGGGCCAAAUAUAGGGAAUAUCGUAUCAUAUCAUAUCAUAUCAUAUUGUAUUGUAUCGUGUAUUUUUAUAUGGUAUUGCAUUGCAUGAAGUGUAGUAUUAUGUAGUAACAUGUAGUAUUGUAUUGAUUCUAUCGUGGUGUAUUGUAUUGCAUCGCAUUGUAGCUAACUUAAAUCUCAUCAUAUUGAAACACAUCAAAUUGUAUCAUAUCUAACCAUAUCUCACCAAAUCUUAUUGUAUCGUGUCGUAUUGUAUCAAAUUGUGGGACACUGUGUGUCAUAUACCGUUCCGUAUUACGUCAUAUUUUAAUGUAGCCUAUCUUACUGUCAUAUCACAUGGUAACUUCUCUUAUCCUAUCAUUUUUGUAUCGUAUCAUUUUGCAUCAUAUCAAGUUACAUAUCAUGUUGUUUUAUUGUAUCAUAUUAUAUCAAAUUAUUUUGUAUGAAAUCAUAAUAUAUUGUCCUAUAUUGUAUUGAAUAUUUUUGUGUCACAAAGUGUCAUAUCCUAUAUUGUAAAUGACACCCUUGGUUAUAAAACACUUUCUAUGAAAUGUGUUGAUUGAAAUGAAAUCUGUCCUUUACUGCUCUAAAAACAGGGAUGUUUUCAUGAGGUCUCCUGGUUUUUGAGUCAGAUUAGUGCAACAACUCUUGUUACCUGGUAUCAGAGGUAUUUCUGAUGCUGGUAUUGGCAAUCAUAAGUACCCUAAAAAAUGUUAACCAAGAAAGAGUAUCUCUUUAAAACUGUGUUGAAUUUGAAAACCUUUACCCAUUCCAGUCGAAUUCCAAAUUCCAGUCAUACUCUCCCAUUCACAUGUUGAUGUUAAACACAAAGCUUCUCAUUAGCGCCUCAGCUCUGCAGUGCCUCAUGUUGUUUUAGGAGUGAGACUCUGUCUGACUCUGAAACUUUUACUUUUCAGUGUUUCCUCCAGGUCUGCCAGGACGAAACUCAUUAAACUGCCUGCGUUCUUCAAAAAGUUCAGUUUGACAAAGCAGCAGCAAGAGAGGAUUGUGCCUGGUGGGAAUGUGUAAGGAUCUUUUAUUCUAUUUAGUUUUAUUUACUAAAUUGCUGUUAUUCUCUGAAAAGCAGAAAAUACUGGUUUAACUUUUCUGUUUGUGCUUUAAAAGGGAGAUGAAAUCCUGGCGCAGGCUUCCAACUGAUGAGACGGUUUGA